GGCCGGAGGGUUGCCUGCCUCCCCUUGCCUCGAGUAUAUUUUACUGAAAAGAAAAACUGGAACCUACAGCUCCCAGAAGAUUGUUGAGAACAAGGGCAACAUCUCCCUUUACUGUUGGCAUUCUACUUUCUACCCUAUGUCUCUUCUGAACCGAAGCAUUCCGUGCUACUACUACAAGGGAUAUGGGUCCCCCCACGCUUUCAUUGUUGGUUUGAAGGAGACUUCAAGAGGGGAAUUCAUCCUAGUGGUAUGGGACAAUAAGAACCUGUAUGUUGCUGUUGUAGCACUGCUUCAGCCUGUCUACUGAAAAAGAACAAGUAUUGAACUGAAAACCUGAAUUACCUAGCACAUAAGACUAAGGAGACUUGGGGCCCAUCCAGACAGUACCUUUAUCCCAGGAGCUUCCGCAGCAAGCAGGAGGGUGACCAGACACCAUUCCUGACACGCCUGACCAAUAAAAAUACAUGGGACAUAUAAACUUUUAGAAGUCAAAAGAGACUGAUUCCAGGAACUACAUAGGAUUAAUUGGACUGUGUAGCCUUUAACCAUGGAAGGGGAUUGUUUGAGCUGCAUGAAGUACCUGAUGUUUGUCUUCAAUUUUUUCAUAUUUCUGGGUGGUACAUGUCUACUAGGAGUUGGAAUAUGGGUCAUAGUAGAUCCCACUGGAUUCCGAGAGAUAGUGGCUACUAAUCCUCUGCUCUUCACUGGGGCAUACAUCAUGCUGGCCAUGGGAGUGAUGCUCUUCCUGCUGGGAUUCCUUGGGUGCUGUGGAGCCAUCCGUGAGAACAAAUGCCUCCUUCUCUUUUUCUUCAUGUUUAUUUUGCUAAUCUUCCUAGCCGAACUCUCAGCUGCAAUCCUGGCAUUUAUCUUUAGAGAAAAUUUGACCAGAGAGUUUUUUACAAAGGAACUUAAGAAACACUAUCAGGGGAACAAUGAGUCUGAUGUCUUCUCUUCGACUUGGAACUCGGUCAUGAUCACAUUUGGCUGUUGUGGUGUCAAUGGUGCAGAGGAUUUUGAAACUGCCCCCCGUUUCCUUCUCCUGCAUUCGCACAGUGAAGUUCCUGAAGCUUGUUGCCGGCGGGAGCUCCAAUCUCGUGAUGGAGCAAUCAUCAGAAAAGAAGACUGUCUUCAAGGGAAGGAAAUGUACCAAAAUCGACAGGGGUGCUACACUGUGAUACUGAAUUCCUUUGAGACUUACGUGUACCUUGCAGGAGCUCUUGCCAUUGGUGUUUUAGCCAUUGAGCUCUUUGCUAUGAUUUUUGCCAUGUGCCUCUUUCGGGGGAUACAAUAAGAAGUGUUCCAGGAGCAGCUGAGAAAUUUCCAACCAUGUGAAGACAGGAAAGAGAAACAACUUUAUAUUUUUGGUUAAUAGAGUAGGGGGGAAGAAUUGUAAUAUAUGAAUGACCAAAAGGAUUGUACUUCAGGGGCUGGAACUUUGAGGUGCUGGACGUUAACUUGUCUUCUCCAAGGAGAGUCCUUCAUCAGAAGCCACACAGAAUGGGUUGCAUUGGGAGCCUGGAAAACACAGGUGAUACGAACUCAGCUGGUCUUCUUGAAGCAGAAAGGUAUAUGGAAUUCAUAUCUCUUCAUGAACAGUGAUGUAUCAGUUGACGCAGAAGAUCACCUUAGGAACACAAUUAAUAUUCAGCAUCCUAAGAAACUGCUCAGCCAAAGCUUUGUGACAUGUACACUUGUUUGCCUAGUUUUAGGCAGCCAGGGAGAAAGGAACUGCUCUGAUGCUGACUUACCAGAACUCGGCUAAGAUGGAGAUGCAAUCAUCACUUGUGAAAAACCCAGGCAAUGCUAACAUUUCUUGAAUCAUUAGGAAAAGAUACCACCUUCACCUGGAAUCUUACAAAAUAGUGUGAGACCUACUGUGUUGGAAAAGAAGGGGAGGAACUUUUCAAGGCCAGAAAGGGGUUGUGAGGGAACCAGUUAUUUAGUACAUAGUUUUUCUUUUGUCACAAUGAGUUUCCUGUUUAGUGUUCUGAGAGAAAGGAAGGACUCAGACAGUUCUGCUACAUACCUCCCCACCUUCGAGAGAAGAAGUGUUACCAUCUAGAGCUGUUGGUGUUGUCACCCAGGGGAAGAAUUUUUUUGGCCUGUUCCGAGGCUUUUGAUUGUCUUGUCGCAACCAUGUUAUGUGCAAAAUAUGUUGACUAUUUUCAACUUUUGUAGCUGUUGAGAAGCUUGUUGUGUUCAUGUUUUACUGUGCCUUUCAGCUAUGUUGAGGGGGGGAGGAUCCCCCAGACAGCAAGGAAACAGUGAGAAACCUAUUUGCAGUCACCCUUUGCACAAUUUCAUUUGUGUAUAUUGUGGCAUUGCUUCUGCUUGUCAGCAAUUUCUACGUAGAAGUUUCAGCAAUUUGAGAAAGAACUGAGUGGAAUGGAGUAGCAUAACAUACCUUCACCAAAGUUUUUCUUCUUCCUCUGAAGACAAGCUGCAGUUUCAGUUAUGUUAUUUAGAUGGUUAAAUAUAGUUUGAUGAAACAGUCCCCAAUCAGUCGACCUUGGCAGCAGAAUGAAGGGUUCAGUAGGUGCUGGGUAUCUUUGCUGUGAAAGCCUUAUGGAGAUGUAAACCAUCAUGAAAGCAAUACUCUGACUACAUUGCAGUUAGAAAUGCAAACCGACAGAUCAAGGUGACUUACGCUGUAUCAGGGAGAAAUGAUAGACAUUGUAUCCCAAGAGUAACAUAUAAGAACAUCAAUUGAUGGAGAGCAGUUUGUGAGAUGCACAGAGAGCAUGUUAGGGAGCAAUCAUUUCCAAAACUGUGGCAUGAAGAAAACAUGAAUGCCUGGUUUAAAGUAAAAUAGUAAGAUUUUUUUAAAAAAACAAAAGGCCAAAUCACAUUGAAUAUUUGAUUAAUCAAGGAAUUCUCAGCAAAAUCUUCAUAUAGCCCUUGACAGUCUCUUCAAUUAAAGUUGUGCCUUUAGUUAAGUACUGCACAAUUCUACAGCAAGGGAAAUGUGUGGAA